GGUGCGCUCGUCUGCUCUGGAGGACCGCACACGGCCUGCGGGUCUGGACACCGAGCACCGCGCGUGCAGGGAGGGGGGCUCGCGCUGCAGCCGCUCCCUCGGUCCGGCGGAGGGGCCGCUCUCCGUCCCUCCGCACCCCGUACGGCAUGGACGGCGCGCGCUCCGGCUCCAGGUUCCAGUCGGACCUGGACUUCUGUCCGGAUUGCGGCUCCGUCCUGCCGCUGCCCGGGGCGCAGGACACGGUCACCUGUGUUCGCUGCGGCUUCCGCGUCCCGGUGCGAGACUUCGAGGGGAAGGUCGUGAACACCUGCGUCGUGUUCAACAAGCCGGGGACGGCCGCGCCUGUGCCGGCGGAGGAAGGGCCCGAGUUCCAGGGACCCGUGGUUGACAGGCGCUGCUCUCGAUGUGGCCACGAAGGAAUGGCCUACCACACCCGACAGAUGCGCUCGGCCGACGAGGGGCAGACGGUCUUCUACACCUGUACCCACUGCAGGUGCACACCCUUCCCCGUGUCCCCGCCCUUUGUGAGCUGCUGGUUCACUGAGCGUCUCCACUGAUUUCCUCCGCGUACCGAAGAAACGGGUUCCAGGAGAAGGAAGACUCUUGAUUUUUUUUCCAGGCAACGCAACAAUUCUCCCUCGGAUGGUGAGGGAUAUUGGGUUCUUAAGAUCCUUUGUCCAUCCUAGUUGCAAUGUUUUGCUCCCAUAGAAGGAAGUUAUCAUGUGGGGAUUACCAUUGUCCCUAGACUACACCUACUCUAGUUGAGUUUCUUAUCAAAGUUCUAUUUUUCUAUAUAUGCCAGACAUAUGUAUAUUAUUUAUAAUCUGUCUUGUUCCAAAAGGAACUUAAAUGAAUUUACAGAGAUAUAUUUGUUCUUUCAAUAAGUAUAUCAGCUACAAAAAAUAUAUAUAAAUUAGUAUAUGAGAAGGAAAAAGAAAAAGAAGUAUAAAAAAAUGGAGGCAGGAAUGAGACUAAUAGAAAAAGUAAUUUUAAGUAUUCCACCACUAAAUCUAUUUGGUUCCUGAGUUUAGAGAAACAAAAUGUAGGAAUCUGGAUAGUGGGAGAUUGAACAAAUAAUUUAACCAGAUCUCUUUGAUGUGAGCUUAGACAACAAAAAAUCUGAUACUAAGGGAUACCAGUAUGUGCUUACUACAGUUGGACAUUUUGGAAAAAAAAAUUUUUUAUUGCUGUUGAGAUAAAUGUAAUAUAUAUUCAUUGUAAUAGAUUCAUAUGUAGAAAGAUGGGGGGGGAGAGUAAAAAAUACAAGGAAUCCCACUUCAGAGAGAUACUUGUUUUUUUUAAUGGGUUUUACUAUACAUGCUGAGGUGUAUCUUGCUUUUUAUCAGUUUGCCCAAAAACUUGAAAGGGAAACACUUUGUAAUCUGGGCACAAUAAACAUACUCAGAUGUA